UCAGCGAGAGCACAACGUGAACGUGUGAACGCGCGAGCGAGGUGGUGAAGCUUUCUGGGGGGAACGUAUUCUAACGCGGGGACCGAGAGAGAGACGUCAGCACGGAUUUCCUUUGGGAUAAACGGACCGGCCUCGCUGCUAAAACGAUGCCUCAUACUAGGCGGUACCCAUCCUCGGAGCGGGCCAGUAGAGGCAGCCACCAGGAUCGGUACCGAGGUCGUAAGCAUCGGCGCCGACGAACCCCCUCUAUCUCCUCCAGCAGCGACAGAGAACGGGAGCGUAGAGGCGGGGUACACAGGCGCGAGGACAGCUACUUGCGCUCCAGGAGCUAUGACAAUCGUUCUUCAGACCGGAGGCCAUAUGACCGACGCUAUUGCGAGGGCUACCGGCGACUGGACUACAGCCGUGAGAGGGAGCGCGACAGAGAGAGGGAACGGGAGAGGGAGCGGGCAGCUGCUGAAGGCUACUACACUCACGCCGACUUCACCCCCCGCCCCUACGACUUCAGACGAGACAGAGAAAGGGAGCGCAACAGGGAGCGGGAGGAGUCGUAUGGGCGGAAGGGCAGCAGGCGUAAGCACAAACGAAGGAGGCGUAGAACCAGGUCCUAUAGCGGAUCCUCAUCGCUCUUGGACUUGAGGAGCAACAGCCGGACGCGGGCGUUGAGUGUGAGGGACGACGAGGAAGGGCACCUGAUCUAUCGGAGUGGGGACGUCCUGCAAGAGAGAUAUGAGAUUGUCAACACAUUGGGGGAGGGCACCUUUGGGAGGGUAGUACAGUGUGUGGACCAUCAUAGGGGUGGAGCUCGUGUCGCCUUAAAAAUCAUCAAAAAUGUGGAGAAGUACAAAGAGGCAGCGCGGCUGGAGAUCAAUGUGCUGGAACGCAUCAACGAGAAGGACCCAGAGAACAAGCAUCUGUGUGUGCAGAUGUACGACUGGUUUGACUAUCAUGGCCACAUGUGCAUCUCAUUUGAACUGCUGGCACUCAGCACCUUCGACUUCCUCAAGGACAACAACUACGUGCCCUACUCCAUUGGCCAGGUCCGCCACAUGGGCUACCAGAUCUGCCAUGCUGUCAAGUUUCUCCAUGAUAACAAGCUGACACACACUGACCUGAAGCCAGAGAACAUCCUGUUUGUAAAUUCAGACUACACAAUUACUUACAAUGCUGAAAAGAAGCGUGAUGAGCGGAUAGUGAAGAACACAUCUGUACGCGUGGUGGACUUCGGUAGCGCCACUUUUGAUCACGAGCACCACAGCACCAUUGUGUCUACUCGUCAUUAUCGUGCCCCAGAGGUCAUACUAGAGCUGGGCUGGAGCCAGCCGUGUGAUGUCUGGAGCAUUGGUUGUAUUCUGUUUGAGUACUACCAGGGAUUCACUUUGUUUCAGACUCAUGACAACAGGGAGCACCUGGCCAUGAUGGAGCGGAUACAGGGACCAAUACCAUCCAGGAUGAUCCGCCGGACCAGGAAACAGAAGUACUUCUACCAUGGCCGGUUAGACUGGGACGAGAACUCCUCCGCUGGAAGAUAUGUGAGGGAGAACUGCAAACCGCUGCGGAGGUACGUGCUGUCGGAGGCUGAAGAGCACCACCAACUGUUUGACCUGAUUGAGGGCAUGCUGGAGUAUGAGCCUUCCAAGCGCUUGACACUUGCUGGCUGCCUUCGCCACCCCUUCUUCUUCCCUCUUCGAGAAGGGGGGCUCGGGGCAGACCAGUCAGGCAACAAGACUUGGGAGGGCAACCGUGAUAUCAGUCGGUGACCAAGGGGUGGGGCUGCAGGGGUCUGGACAUGAAAGGGGCACAGCUGAUGUACAAAAUGGACUGUAUGUGGGCAAUAAUACGAGGUGACUGGCAAAGGAUCAGAAAAACAGAAGCCCUACUUCUCCACUCCAUCCUCCUACUUUUCACCUCACUCGCCUUUCCUUCCCUCUUGUUUCUGUCCUGCCUGUCCACUCAUGUGUACUGACCGAAAGAGGGAUGGGCAGUGUGUAAACCUGAGGCAAAAACUGACCUGCUACCUUGUGGUGUAGACUUUGGAAUGACACGCAGGUCACUGUCAGCCAAUCCGAGAUGGUGCCACCCAUAGACUAUUGAUACUGGUGAUUUGACAAGGAAGAUCUGACACCCCAGUCAGUCUUCUUUUAAAGUCUUAACGGGAAGAAGGGAACAGCUUGUUGUUAGAAAAAAGCUGUGCAGAUGGAAGAAGACGAUCAGGGGACCUUUGUGUACUUGCCGAGUGUUCGUGGCUCUUCCAACCAUGCACCCCGGCAGCCGACAAGGCAAUAGGCUGAUGUGCUAGUGCAGUCAGCGGGAUCUGUGAUAUCACCAGCCAGCUAGUACACAGCACACCUGCCAUCUGGAUCUAAUUGUUCGGAGUAAGGUGACACCAUCCAUCAAAGUGAUCGACACUCCACACUGCCACUUGAUUGGCUCUCAUGGGGGAUGUGAUUUUCACAGCGUCAGCUUCUGUCACCAUUUAUCUUUGCUUCCUGUUAAUACAGUAACAAGUUUUGACUGAGGCACACACACACAACACACAGUUUACCUGUUACAAAGAAUUCUAUCUGUGUGACGUUUAAACAAAGCACACAUGGUUGUACCUACUUUUGAUACAUACUCAGUGCUACAGGCAGGACAUCCACACGUUUACAGUAUUUAUUUUGAGAAGCUGGUACUAAGCUUCUUUUUUUUUUUUUGUAUGAAUGGAUUGUGUAUAAAGUGUAUAUACAUACAAUUCUGUAAUAAAAGUCAACUCCUAUAAUGGCC